GGCGGGCGCCCGGAGCCACUUCCGGCGGCGGCUUCUCGGCGCCCUCCAGGCUCGAGCGGACCGGGGCGGGUUCCUCAACCCUGACAUCCCCUCGGGCGCGCCGGCCAGACCCCCUUGGGGCCUCCAGGAGCGGAGCGGAGGUCCGGACGGCCGGUGCCGGGCUGCUCCCCGCAGGGCUUCCUGCACUGAGGUAAAAUGUGCUGCGAGAAGUGGAGCCGCGUGGCCGAGAUGUUUCUCUUCGUCGAGGACCUGGAGGAGGAUGCUCGGAUCCUUUGCCUCUGCUCCAGGGCGUUUGUGGAAGAUCGAAAAUUGUGCAAUUUGGGAUUAAAAGGCUACUAUGUCAAAGGCAAUGGUGACAAUGCAGGAGACCACGCUACAGAAGAGGAGGAAGGUGGUACUGCAGAGUCACAUGACAGCAAAGGCUUAGGCCUAGAUGAAAAUGAACUUGAUUCUGAAGCUGAACUCAUGAAAAGUAUGGGGCUACCACUUCAGUUUGGUGGGAUAUCUGCACAUAAGAAUUUUGAGGUGUCUAUGAAUACUAGAAAUAAAGUUAAAAUAAAAAAGAAAAAGAAAAAACACCAGAAGAAGUACUUAGAUGAAAUUAUGAGAGAAUCUUGGAGACAAGAUUAUGAAGAAGAUGACAUACUGGCUUCAGACGAUCCAUCUUCAGUUGGACAGUAUGAGAGUACCAAAACAUGUAAACUUAAAACCAAAGAAGACAUUGAAACUGAAAAUCUUCCUGUUGAAAAUACAUUAUCUCCAAAGCUAGAAAUUACAGAGAGGUGGGAAAAGUAUUGGAAUGAAUAUGGUGGAGGACUAUUAUGGCAAAGCUGGCAAGAAAAACAUUCAGGUCAGACACUAUGUUCUGAACCUUGGAACAUUCCUGAUACAAAGGAGGAAUGGGAGCAACAUUAUAGUCAACUUUAUUGGUAUUAUUUGGAACAGUUUCAGUAUUGGGAAGCUCAGGGUUGGACUUUUGAUGUCUCACAAACCUAUGAAACAGAUACUUGUGGCUCUAAGAUAGAAGUUGACAGUGAGAAAGAUGAAAAUUGCGUGAAGGCAGACUUAAUGUCCUUUCCAUCUCCAUCUGUUACGAUUGAUAGUGAAAGCUCUAGUUCCAGUGAUAAAGAGCAUAACGAAAUCCUUGGUGGAAUUAGUCAUAUAAGUCUGAAUUCAGAGGAAGUGGAACAGAGCCAGUUAGAUUCUUCAGUAAAUUGUGAUGGACAUCAGUGGCUAAGUGAAGUCAGCAGCAGCAGAGAAUGCCCUGCCUCUGGCCAGAGUGAACCAUGCAAUAGAGGAACCAAGGACAGCAACUCGUCUGGGAACAGAAGCACAAACCUGGAUUCACAGGACUUUUCAGAAGCAAACACAAUCAAAGAAAGACUACACCCCAACAGUAUUGAUGGAGAUGAGAGUGAAGAAGAUCCACCUGAACGGAAGCCAAGCAAACUCAAGAGGAGCCACGAACUGGACAUUGAUGAAAACCCAGAUUCAGACUUUGAUGACAAUGGUUCCCUUCUGGGAUUCAAGCAUGGCUCAGGACAAAAAUACGGUGGAAUUUCAAAUUUCAGUCAUCGGCGGGUCAGAUACCUACAGAAGAAUGUAAAGUAUAAGUCAAAGUUCCUGGACAUGAGAAGACAAAUAAAUAUGAAAAACAAACACAUUUUCUUUACUGAAGAGUCAGAAAAAACAUUCAAAAAAAGCAAAACUCUGACUAAGGUAGAAAAAUUCCUAAAAUGGAUUAAUGAACCAAGGGAUGAGGAAGCAUCGCAGGAGUCCGUUUCUCAUGACAAUGUACAAGACACGUGCACAAGCAGUGAUUCAGAAGAACCAGAAAUGUCUGUUAAAGAAGGUGAUGACCCACUGGAGACAAAUAAUCCAGAACCUGAAAAGUGUAAUGCCACGUCUUCAGCUGGUGAACUUGAAACAGAAAAAAAUGAAGGAGACAGCACGAUAGUAAUUAUUACAGAUAAGGAAGAUGGUAUUACUCAGAUUACCCCAGACUCUCUUCAGGUAGAAACUGAAGCUGAAAGUAAAAAGAAAAAGAAGAAGAAAAAAAACAAGAGCAAAAAGGUAAUUGGUCUGCCUCCUGAGAUAGCUGCUGUUCCUGAGCUGGCAAAAUACUGGGCCCAGAGAUACAGGCUCUUCUCCCGCUUUGAUGAUGGGAUUAAACUGGACAGAGAGGGCUGGUUUUCAGUUACCCCUGAGAAGAUUGCUGAACAUAUUGCUGGCCGGGUCAGCCAGUCCUUCAAGUGUGACAUUGUAGUAGAUGCUUUCUGUGGAGUUGGAGGAAAUACUAUUCAGUUUGCCUUAACCGGAAAGAGAGUGAUUGCCAUUGAUAUUGAUCCUGUUAAGAUUGAUCUUGCUCGCAAUAAUGCAGAAGUUUAUGGAAUAGCAGACAAGAUAGAGUUCAUCUGUGGAGAUUUCCUCCUGCUGGCUUCUCACUUAAAGGCUGAUGUUGUAUUUCUUAGCCCCCCUUGGGGAGGACCAGACUAUGCUACUGCAGAGACCUUUGACAUUAGGACCAUGAUGUCUCCUGAUGGCUUUGAAAUCUUCAGGCUUUCCCAGAAGAUCACUAAUAAUAUUGUUUAUUUUCUUCCAAGAAAUGCUGAUAUUGACCAGGUGGCAUCCUUAGCUGGACCUGGAGGGCAAGUGGAAAUAGAACAAAACUUUCUUAAUAAUAAACUGAAGACAAUCACUGCUUAUUUUGGGGACCUGAUUCGAAGAUCAGCACCUGAAUCAUAACUGUGAGGUGGUACGGGACAAAAAGUUUAUGUGUGGCCAGAACACUAUGCAGAUGAGGCCCUUGGAAUUUCUUUCUGUAUUCACUGAUAUUUUGUACUCAUGAUCUUAUAUCACCAUAUGAAAUGGAAACUUACAGUAGAUCAAGGAAUAUGAAUGAAGUGCUUUGACAUCUUUGGACAAUGUUACUUCUGUAUAUUAUACAGUAGGAUAGUAAGUGUCUGAAAUGGAAAAGGUAAGCUUUCCCUGUGCUUACUGUCAGACAAUGUGUAUAUAUGUCUGUGUGUGUCCAUUUUUUUUUUUGUAAUUACACGUUUUGGUUUAACAUCUUUGUGUGAAUAAAAAAAACAAUUACUGUGUUUUUUCUAACAUA